AUGGGUGCGGAACAAGCCAAGAGCCUAAGCCAGCUCAUUUCAACGGCCUUAGAAACUAGGAACGCUGUGCUAAACCUCACCGAGCCGGGCAGCCUCGGUGACUGCAUGCUAGUCCACCAGCCUGGUGAGUUCAUCACCGCACGAGUGAGGACUUUGGAGUCGCUAAGCGAAGAUCAAACAAAGUCGGUGCAGCCGAAGCCAGCUCAACCAAAGCAAGUGGCUCAACCCGCACCAAUGAGACGACCGGUUCACUCCGCAGUGGCAGCAACUCCAGCCCGCCAACCCGCUCCUCGAACUGCUCCAUCAGACAAAUCAUAUCUGGAGCGUCCAUCACCAUUCGAACGAUGGGAUUGCUGUGGGCAGCAGCACUACAUUGUCCAAUGCGAGCUCUUUAGGACAAUGACACCGAACCAACGCGUUCAAUGCGUGGGUGAUCAGCGCCUCUGCUUCAAUUGCCUAGGCAGGCACAACGUCAGGUCGUGCAAGUCGACUCAAACCUGCAAGCAGUGCUGGUUCCAGCAUCACGCGAUGCUGCAUGAUGGUGGGGACCUCGGUGCAGCCGUCAAGCCACCAGAUCACAGAACGCUCCUCGCAACCGCUCAAGCUCUUCUCACCACUCCAACGUCAAAUCACAACAUCCGCAUCUUAAUAGAUCCAGGUUCCGAAAUCUCAUUUAUCUCCGAAGAAAUCACCAGCCUGCUCAACCUGCGGAGAAGCCGAUCAUCCAUCACAAUAAUUGGUGUUGGUGGAACAAAAUCAACUGAAACUCGCGGUGUGGUGGAUAUCGCACUGCAGUCAACACACUCACAACAGACCAUCUCAAUGCAGGCUCACGUGCUCCCAGCCGUAUCGACAAUCCUGCCAUCGUUCUCAAUGAGAACUCCAGAUUGGUCUCACAUUAGAAAAUUGAGGUUGGCGGACAAUGAGUUCUUGACACCACGACCAGUCGAGGUAAUCAUUGGAGCGGAUUUCUACGGAAGGAUCAUCAAGCCAAAUAUCAUCAAGGGCUCACCAACAACAUCAGUUGCUCAACUUUCCAUUUUCGGAUGGCUCGUCAUUGGCCCAGUCAAUGAAUCUUCUACAAAGACUAAUUAUUCACACUUUGCAGUUGCUCACGAUGACCAGAGCAAUCUGCAAGAGCUGCUCACAAAAUUCUGGGUUCAAGAGGAGUCACCGAUGGACGUUCCAAGCACGCUCACACCGGAGGAAGAAGAAUGCGAAAUACAUUUCUGUGCAACUCACUCUCGUGACAGCACAGGAAGGUACAUCGUUCGCAUUCCACUCAAGGCACCAGCAUCACUUCUAGGCAAUUCACACAAGAUUGCUCAAAGAUGUCUUCAAAGCAGCUUGCGCCGACUCUCCAAGGAUUCAACAUACAACCAGCUCUACGUCGAGUUCAUGAAAGAGUACGAGGAAUUAGGAUACAUGGUAAAGGCUCCAGAUCAUCAACGGAUCACACCAAGAGAGACUGAGAACGUUGAACCUGAUGGGGAGAUGACCUUGGCACAUGAUGCUUCGGCAUCAGGAGGGUUGAGGGUCUCUUCUGACGGUUCGACACCUCAGUUCUCUGCUCAUCAUCAACCAUACUAUUUGCCUCACCAUGGAGUUCUACGUCUCGACAGUUCAACAGCGAAGCUCAGGGUUGUAUUUAAUGGAUCAAAAGCGACGACAUCAGGCAAAUCAGUCAACGAUUUAAUGCAUACUGGUGCUAAUUUGCUCUUAAAUGUUACAGAUGUUCUAAUUUGGUUUCGCCAUUAUCACCACAUUUUUGCCACAGAUAUCACAAAAAUGUAUCGCCAGGUAGCAGUUCACAAGGAUGAUUGGGAUCUCCAGCGAAUUCUUUGGAUCGAUGAAGACCAGAAUGUCAUUCCUUACCAGCUCACAACUGUCACGUAUGGCACAAAGGCAGCUCCCUUCUUGGCGACAUGA